GCAUGAUGGAGAGCAGCGGUCAGCAGCGCGAGCAGGGGGCAGUCUCACCGCUGUGGCUUCCCCCGUGCGUCAUCCCACUGCCCUCCCUCCCCGGCACACGGCAGGCGUGGCACAAGGCGAGAGGAGGAGGAGGAGGAGGAGGAGGAGGAGGAGGAGGAGGAGGAGGAGGAGGAGGAGGAGGAGGAGGAGGAGGAGGAGGAGGAGGAGGAGGAGGAGGGGAGGAGGAGGAGGAGGGGGGGGGGGAGAAGGGGGAGGAGGAAUUGACGGGUUGAAACACGAAGCACUGUGGGGAGGGGA